AUGUCUGGCAAGAAUUUGACUGAUCAUGUGCAUCAUCUUCGUUUGGUGUUGGAAGUUUUGGUUAAACAUCAAUUGUUUGCGAAACAGUCAAAGUGUGUGUUUGCUUGUAAGGAGGUGGAAUACUUAGGACACCUUAUUUCUGGUGAUGGGGUCAGAAUAGACCCAAGGAAGAUUGCUGCUAUGCAGCAGUGGCCUAUUCCUAAAGAUGUUAUGGCCUUAAGAGGAUUUUUGGGCUUGACAGGCUACUAUAGGAAGUUUGUAAAGAGGUAUGGUCAAAUUGCUGCCCCUCUAACAACCUUGUUGAGGAAGGAUUCCUUUGCUUGGACCUCUGAAGCUUCUCAUACUUUUCAACUUCUUAAGGAUGCAAUGUCAAAUCCUCCUGUUUUGGCUUUACCUGACUUCUCUAAGUCCUUUGUGGUGGAGUGUGAUGCAUCUGGUUUAGGUGUUGGAGCUGUCUUAAUGCAGAACCAAAGACCAAUUGCUUACCAUAGCCAGGCCUUGAAGGAGAACUUGGUUGCUGAUGCACUUUCUAGGAGGGAGGCUGUUGAGGAGGGGGUUGUUGAGGGUGAUAAUGUGGGCACCCUUUACAUUAUCUCAUUUCUUACUCCCACUUGGAUGGAUGAUCUCAAGACAAGCUAUACUUCUGAUUCUGCAGCCCAGAAAAUCAUUCUUGCUAUUUAG